CUCUGUGCGCAAUCUAAUAUAUACACUAGUUUUUUCUUUUUUUUGUACUUAUUUAUGUUUUAAUGUUUUCCAAAUCCGCAAAUUACUAGCUCUUUCCAAACGCUGUAAAUCUCUCGUCGUCCGUUCUGAACACUCUUUGUCGAUUUCGAUCGCUACCGUAACCGUAGCUCCUUCGACCGUUUGGAUCCACAGCCGUGUCGAGUUACCGCGACGCGUCCGCUAGCAGUCCUCGGACAACCACACGAGAACAGCAGGCGAUGAACAAGGACACGAACAGGCGGAUAUUGGCGAUACAGGCGAAAAAGAAACGGCGUAAAUUACCCAAGAAGCCACACGAAGAUCGCAAGACUGUUUUGCCCUCUGUGCCAAAUAACAAAGGCUCAGACAAGGCCAAGGCCCAUGUGAAUCAGAGGGACAGGGACAGCGAUUCUUCAUCAAAUGAGUCUGAUGAGGGCACAGAUGAGAUGUACGCAUCUGACGAGGAAGAACAAGAAGAGUCUAGCGACUACUGCAAAGGUGGUUAUCACCCUGUCCAAAUAGGAGAUGUAUUUCAAAACAGAUAUCAUGUGUUAAGAAAACUUGGAUGGGGCCAUUUUUCAACUGUUUGGCUAUGUUGGGAUUUUACUGACAAGCGUUAUGUUGCGCUUAAAGUAGUAAAAAGUGCAUCUCAUUUUACUGAAACUGCUUUAGAUGAAAUAAAACUUUUGAAAAGUGUUCGUGAUUCUGAUACUAGUGAUAAAAAACGAGAGCGAGUAGUCAUGUUAUUGAAUGAUUUUAAAAUUAGUGGUGUUAAUGGUAAUCACAUAUGUAUGGUAUUUGAAGUACUUGGUCAUAAUUUGUUAAAGUUGAUUAUUAAAAGUGAUUACUCAGGUAUACCAAUACAAAAUGUUAAGAGUAUUAUACAACAGGUACUUGAGGGAUUAGAUUAUUUACAUACAAAAUGUAAUAUAAUACAUACUGACAUUAAACCGGAGAAUGUAUUAAUAUGUGUCGAUGAAAAGUAUAUAAAAAAUUUGGCUAAAGAGGCAGCUGAGAUUCAUCAAACUGGACAAAAAUUACCUGUAUCAUUUAGUAGUACUGCACCAAAAAGUAAUCUCAAUAAACCUAAUUUGACUAAAAAUCAGAAAAAAAAAAUGAAGAAGAAAGUCAAACGACAAUCUGAACUUCUCAAAGUACAUAUGCAACAAUUAGAAGAAUUAGAGUCCAAACAAAUUGAAGAAUGUAGUGGUGAAAAUAAUAAAGAUGAUGUCAAAACCACAGAAGAACCAAUAACAGUUGAUGCAAAUGCUAGUGAAUCUUUAUCUAAUGGUUAUAGUAGUGACAGUACUAAUCCAAAUGUGGCAAACUCUCCAACUUAUGAAUCAAAUACAGAAAAUGAUCAUAAUUCAGAUGAAACUAGUACAAUACAUGAAAAUGGAACUGGGGAAUCUAGUAAAAACAAUAAACCUUUAUCAAAAAAACGAUCAUUUAGAAGUAAAUCUCGUGAUGAUCCUUCAGAAGAUCCAGCAUUUAAUAUAUGUGAUAUAAAUGUAAAAGUAGCCGACCUUGGUAAUGCAUGUUGGAUAGAUCGCCAUUUUACAGAAGAUAUUCAAACUAGACAGUAUCGUUCUUUAGAAGUAUUAAUUGGAGCCGGAUAUGGUACAUCAUCAGAUAUAUGGAGUGUUGCAUGUAUGGCAUUUGAAUUGGCAACUGGUGAUUAUUUGUUUGAACCACAUUCGGGUGAAGCUUAUUCAAGAGAUGAAGAUCAUAUUGCUCAUAUUAUAGAGUUAUUGGGUAAGAUUCCGAAAAAAGUUAUUGAUGGAGGAAAGCAGUCACCACAGUUUUUCAAUAAGCGUGGAGAGUUGCGCAACAUAAGUAGUUUGAAACCAUGGUUUUUGUAUGAUGUACUAAGAGAAAAGUACAAAUGGCCUGAAUCCGAUGCUAAGGCAUUCACUGGUUUUCUACUACCUAUGUUAGAGUUUGAUCAAAAUGCUAGAGCUACAGCUGCUCAGUGUUUACAACACGAAUGGUUAAAAUGUUGAUUAUACUUCUGCUGUUAACAUGUACUUGGUAAGAAUGGAAAUAUAUUUUUAUUUUGUAGUAGAACUUUAUGUUUGUAUUUUCUAAUAAAGCCACAACAAAAUAUGAAUUUUA